AUGACGGAAGAAAAGGUUCAAGAAAAGGCUGUCCUAGACCCUGAUCAUGAGAUACUGAAGAGAUUUCAAGAAGCUCUGACAGAUCAUUACACCCGACAAAUAGAUCAGAGGAAGAAAAAAGAGCUGUUAGGUGUUGAGGUCUAUGAGGCCCAGCAAGUUGUGUGCAGGCAACAGAAAACUUUAGAUGAGAUUACGCAAGAUGUGGAAAAUAUUAACGCUGCAAAACAAGAAGUGGAAAAUCAGAUUAAGGAGCGCAAAGAGAAAUUUAAGGAAGCCAAAGAAGCUAUGGUCGCUGCUGAAAAAUAUAACAUGGAAUUACAGAAUGAAAUAAACUCUAUCAAUUUACUGAUAAGUCAG